CUCAGAGGGCAACUCUCCACCGCGGGGGCUUUGGGUGACAUCACAUCCUCCAAAUUCGACGUUGCCUUGCAGCAGGCCCGCCAGAGCGCGCGACUUCCCCACUCCGCGUGCCCCUGGGCGAGGAGCGCGAUGGCCCCGCGGGGGAGCGCCUGGCUGCUGCUGCUGCUGCUGCUGCAGGUGGCCCUGCUGCUGGAUGCCGCUGAGGCCCAAGGGAACCAGUUCCGAAUGUCGCCCUCCCAGCUGGUCGCGCGAGUCGGGGACAAGGUGACCCUGCGCUGCGAAGUGCUGCUGCCCAACGCACCUUCGAGCUGCUCAUGGCUCUUCCAGCCCCGCCAAGUCUCCAGGAGCCCCACGUUUCUCCUGUACCAGAUGAUAUCCCGGACAAAGUUUGCCCAGGGGCAGACGCGGUUGAGCAGCUCGAAGAGCGGCAACACCUACACCCUCACCCUGACUGGCUUCCAGCAGCAGGACGAAGGCUAUUAUUUCUGCUCGGUAUCCGCCAACAUGAUGCUCUACUUCAGCCCUUUCAUUCCUGUCUUCCUGCCAGCCGCUCCCACCACGCCUCCCCCUCCGCCUCCCCCCACGCCGGCGCUCAGCACGCUGCCCCCGUCAGCGCGCCCCGAGACUUGUGUGCCCUCCAAGGGCCGCUCAGGCGUGAGCUGGCUGGAUCUGGACUGUGAUACUCACAUCUGGGCACCCCUGGCCGGCACAUGCGUGGUCUUUCUUCUGUCCCUGGUCAUCACUAUCGUUUUCCACUGCAGGAGCAAACGUCGCGUUUGCAAAUGUCCCAGGCCCCAAGUCAGAACUGAAAGCAAGCCCAUCCCUUCAGAGAAAAUCGUGUAACAUGGUGCCCCGCCUGUGUGACAGCUGCUGCAUGACUUCAUACUGAGAUCGUUCCUUGACAGCAAGUGCUUUUCUUUGGGGCUUUCUAGUCUUCCUUCCUAUGUAUUCAUUCUCAAUACUGUUUUGGGGACGGAGUGGGAAAGAGUUUUUUCUUCAGUUAUUUGAUUAAAAAAACAUGUAGCAUCUGCAGUUCACGGGGGUCACAGUACCCUUGUACAUACCUAGUGGGGAGAGUGAGGUUCUCAUAUGCUGGACUCUAUCCCUGCACUCACUUGAGUGUGAGUGGCACCAGGACGUCCCUCCCUAGUCACACCUUCUACUCACUUGAGCUCAGGGGCCAUCCUAUUCUAUAUAUAUGGCCCAGACCAAAGUACAUGCAGCCCCUUUUGGAACCAAUAACAAGCCUGAUUUAUCUGCACAGACUGUAGUGUUCCUGUCAUCCACUUCUGUCCAUGGCCUUCAAUAAAUGUAACUGGU